AUGAGUAGCCCCACAAUCAGCAGCAAGAAGCACAAAAUGGAGUGUGCAGGAAGCAAGAGUCACGACACCCUCAAGGCUUUGCCGGAGAAGGUUAUCCCCAAUCCGGUCGAUGAGCGCCAGACUCCGACCGAAAUCGUUGAGAUCGCCGCAGCAACAAACAGCGACGACACGACCGACUCUCGAGCCGAGUCUAAGCAAGGUCUUUCCGAGACGAUUGGGGACGCCGACAGCACUCAGUCUCUACCCACUCUCCCCAAGUUGCCAGUCAUCACGCCGCUUCCCCCUCUGCCCUCCGUUUCAUCCUCCGACCCCGGCAGCAUGUCUGACAUGCUUUCCGCCGUUGCGUCGAUCGGCUCCGACCCUCCCUCGGCUUCUGCUGCACCUACCCUGCGGCAGGACAUGACCGAGACCGAGGUCGACGCAGCGAUACAGGCCGAGAUGGCCGAGCUGAAGGCGGAGAUUGCCGCACUCAGGUCGUCCAUUGGUGACAGUGCCGGUGUUGGGUAUGAGGACCAGGGUCAAGAGAAGGAUGGAGAGGACAACGUGCUCCACAUGGCCCAGUUCAAGCUCGAUCAUGUCGAAGAGAGCAUGCGCCGCCUCUAA